CGUACAGCUGUUACAGAAUUUGUAACCCUAACACAGCUACUAAAUAAGUGAGCAGGUGGGACAAGUCUAGACUGGUUUUGCCCAGCAGCUGCAGAGCAGAAGCUCUGAUGGUGACAGUCCCAGCUGCCUGAAGACUCCCCAGGAAAGGCUGGCGUGGGUUAUUUGCUGUCCAGGAAAGGCUGGCGUGGGUUAUUUGCUGCCCCAGCAGGUUGAGCCCAUGGCUGAUGUGCUCUAAUCCAGGGGAAGGAGCUGCCUUCUACUCCAGCAGCUUUUCACCAGGGCCUGCACUCAGGAGACCGAGCUGAGCAUCGUGCUGGGUAAGCGUGGAAGGAGUAGGAUGUGCUGAUAAAGAGAAAGUCCAUUGUUGCCGUGAGUUUCGUUGCAGCAUUCCUCUGUCUGAUCAUCGUUCGUCUCACAAAUGAAGUAAAUUUCCCUUUGAUCCUCAACUGCUUUGGACAAACCAGAGUCAAGUGGAUCCCAUUUUCUAAUGGCCAAAGGCAGCCUCUGAAAACUCAUUAUGGAUAUAUAAAUGUAAAGACACAAGAGCCUCUACAACUUGACUGUGACCUCUGUGCCAUUGUUUCAAACUCGGGGCAGAUGGCUGGCCAGAGGGUGGGCACUGAGAUAGACAAGUCCUCCUGCAUAUGGAGGAUGAACAAUGCUCCCACCAAGGGCUAUGAGGAAGACGUUGGGAAGAGGACAACCGUAAGAGUGGUCUCGCACACAAGUGUGCCUCUCCUGCUCAAGAAUCCCGAGUACUUUUUCAAAGAAACCAACAACACCGUUUACGUGAUCUGGGGUCCUUUUCGAAACAUGAGGAGGGAUGGAAAUGGCAUUGUGUACAACAUGCUGAAGAAAACUGUUGACAGCUACCCAACUGCCAAAAUCUACGUGACAACGGAGAAGCGCAUGAGUUACUGCGAUGCGGUGUUCAAGAGGGAGACGGGAAAGGACCGAGUCCAGUCAGGUUCAUAUCUCAGCACGGGUUGGUUCACCUUAAUUUUGGCUAUGGAUGCCUGCUAUGGAAUUCACGUCUAUGGGAUGAUAAAUGACACCUACUGCAAGUCAGAAGGCUUUCGCAAAGUUCCCUACCACUAUUACGAGCCAGGACGAGAUGAGUGUGAGGAAUACUUUCUCCAUGAAAAUGCUCCAUAUGGAGGCCACAGGUUUAUCACAGAAAAGAAAGUAUUUGCUAAGUGGGCCAAGAAGCACACAAUAAUAUUCACACAUCCCAACUGGACAGUGUCUUGAUACUGGUUUAUUUAACUCUCCCUUGACAGCAUAUUACAAAAAUGUCUCAGUUUACAAUAGUUUUGCUUACAUCUGGCUGGCCUUUCUCAGCCUAGGUAACACUAAACUAAAAACCAGAAGACAGAGAGGGUGGUGGUUCAGCUUUUAAGCAAAAUUAAUCAUCUGUGGAAGGCAGACACAUUGUUUGUUAUUUCUUAGGGUUUUAAUUCACACUAUGCACUUUAUACUUUAACUGGAUUUUACUUCAAGGCAGGAGCAGUUAAAGACACAUGAGAUUUUCUGUAUAUACAGGUGCACACAGAGAGCAUGGUGGUCCUUUGAAAAUUGUCCAUCAUCUCAGAUAUUUAAAAUUAUUAUUUGCAGCUCCUUUGCUGUCCUGAAGUACUAGUUCCAUUUGUGGUAUCAGUAGAAAUUUUCAACAAGAGAAAUGUGAGGAAAAAUACAGGGUCCAGGAGUGAGUAAAUUUUAAAAAACAACACCUGAAUGUUUUGAUACACAGUAUCUUGUGAGCACUUGCAUAUAUGGUAAAAUUAGAGAUGAGCUAAGCAUGGUUCUUGAACUGUACCCAGCUGUUGAAUGAGAAGAUACUACCUACUCAAGACACCUGAUUAAUUAAUAACUUCUGAAAUGCAGCUUCCUUCCAUCUUGGUCAGUCUGCACCAUCUGGGACUGUGUAGUUUGUGCUUUUUGAAGCUGUUGUCCCACACUUCAGUUCCAGCAGAAUGGCCCCUGGCAAAGAUUGUGUUUUGCAGCCCAUGAUGAGCCUUUGGCUGUUGUACCAAGCCUGCUGUCAGUACCCAAGCUGGUGAGUGUAAAGUUGUCUCAUUAAUGUCUCCAUUUACUCCAGUUGUGCAUUUGACUUGCUCCAGCAUCCAAAUAACAGUAUUUUGACAGUAUUUCCCAUGCAGCCAUCAUAAUUUAUUUUAGAUCUCCAGUUUCUCCAUCUUUAAAAAAAGGGUAGUGUCUAUCUACCUCACAAGAGAGUUGUGAGGACUAAUUUAAUUUAAUUUAAAGCACUUUCCUGAUGCAGAAUUCUCCAGAUCAUUUAUUUUUAACACAAAAACAAUGGUACCUGUCAUUUAUUCUUGUCUGUUGGGUAUUUGAAGAAAGUGACAGUGUGUCUGGCUCUGAUGGCAAAUUGUUCUGUGCAUCCGCUUUCCUACUGAGGAUAAUUUGUAAUACCGAGUUCUAUCAGCUUGCAUUGCUUCAGAUGAAGUUGAAAGAACUCCCCAUCUCACAGUAUUAUCUGCACAUUAAAAGGCAGUUCAAGAAUCUUAAAAUAUACUCAUCUCUAGUUUAAGUAUGUAUUUCCAAGCUUACUGUCAUGGAAAGUUUUCAACUGCAGCAGACUCAUUUGUAAUAUGACCAUAAUUCAAAUACACAUGUGAGUUUUAUUUAAACUGUAUUUAAACUAAUGCUUUAAUUUUAGAAUGUGUCCUAUGAAUAUUUUAACAUCGAGAAUGUCAGAUUCAACACUGUAAUAGCCAAUACUGUGAACACUUGAAGGAAUUACGUGUGGAACAUGUCACACAGGAUUUAUUCACACUACUUAAACAUUAACCAACAGGAAACUUUGUAUGCUUUUGUAAAUCAAGAAAAGGGGAAAGUAAAAAACUAUUUUUACAUGUAAGUAUUUGUAUACUGACUAUUUCCUAUUGUAUAUUUGUAUAUAUAAAUCUAUAUUUUAUAUGUUCAUUGCAUAUAUAUUCUCUCAUCAACAGCUCCAACUCAUAGGAUGGGGAGGAAAUCUCUUCAUCAGUAUUCUUCCUCUUGAUCAUUGGUUUCUUGUUCCUGUUGGUGAUUCCAGGGUAUCAUCUCUGCUGCGCCUUCUAUUUUCUACCAUAAAUGCAGCUCUCUGAUUUUAUUGUUUUAUAUAGUUCAGCUUUCACAGCUUUCUUUAGUACUCUAAGUAUUCAUUCUGGUUGUCAGACAAAGGCUGGGGCCAUGCUUAUGAUCUUGGAUAAACAUCUAUAUUCAAACACAGGCUUUGUCCCAGGUUUCUGGCAUGACUUUGUCUCACCUUCCUGUUUGGAAAAGAAGAACAAUAGUAUUUUCCUGCUCCCUUUCUUGACUGACUUUCUUGAGAUGUUGAGAUGAGUAUUCCCAUUGUUAACUUAUUUGUAUAUCGCUUUGAAGAAAAGGUGCCCUAAGUGUCUGAAACUUACAGGCAAUGCUGUGGCAUACAAGUAAUUAAAAGUGGCUGUUUCUUGUCCCUGGAGUUGAAAUCAGUUGUAUGCUGAUAAAACAUGGGAUGAAAUCAAAAGGGUCAUGGUUGGAAGAAGAGCUGUAGUAGAAAAACCAGAUUUAUCAUCAUGCAUCUGUUCAGUUCACAUAGGUGACUGGAUAUAUGGAAAGGUAAUAAAAAAUUGUAAGGCAGGAUUUGAAAAAUUCAGGACAUACAGAAUUAGGGAGAAUGCUCCACACAUAUUUUACAGGGCAGCCUGGGAAAUCCUAUCAUUCCCUUGAGAGAAGAGAAAUUGCAAGGAAGAACAUCAGCCAAUUGAACUUGUAUUUAGAGGGUUUCUGGUUUAAUAGAAAACUGCUAUGAAAGUCCUGCACAUGGAAAUUGUUUGGACUGGACAGAUUUCCAUGGAAGUGUCCUUGUGAAGCAGAGUGUUUGUCCCCCUGGGUGUUUCUCCUCAGUGAGCAUAAGGAUUCUGCCUGAGUUUGUUCACCUGGUUUUUAAGCUUGAGAAAGUUUUUAAGAUUAUUAAUACUUGCCAAUUCACCAUAAACAUGCUGAAAAUAUGUGCUUCAUUCUGAAGCUCUUUGAAGAGUGCUUGCAUGCUGCAUGAAACAUUAUCACAAAGGAUAGCUAAGAAAAAUACAGCUCUAAGUACAUCCAAAUGUACACAAAAUUGAGAACACAAUUAGAGUUUGGGUGUCACAGAGCAAAUCAAAGGUGUUGCUCUCUGCCUGGGUUUGCCCUUAGAUCAGAUCCAUAUUAGAAAGAUUGCAGCAGGCUUCAUUCAUACUAGAAAAAAUGAACAUCAGUUCUCUUAUUUAAAUGAGCCUGUCUUUAGCAUAAGUUAAAUGCAUAUUUACAUGAUUUUUAUUCUGUAAGUAAGUAACUGUGACCACUGUGUUAAAGAUGAUGCUACAAAGAAAUUACUUGGUUGAAAUCUGUUAAAAACCAUCUGUGGUACUAAAGAAACAAUGUCAGUACUUGUAUGUGUAUAAAGGAUCUUGGUGGUUCACCUGAGAGCAGUUAAGAAAUCAGCUGAGAAUCACUUAUUAAUUCCUUAAGAUAAAACUACUACAGUUUACCUGAAUGUAAUCAUAUCCUAAUUGCUUAUUCAUUCAAGCAGUCCUCUUUUAAUCAACUACUCAUGAGUAUAAAACAAGCAGGGAGUUUACUUGAGGAUUUCAAAAUGCAUUUUCACAUUGCUGCUAAUAGAGGAAUGCUCAAAAAUAGUUUGUCCUUUUUUUUUUGCCAUCAGUGAGGUGAGUAGUCAUCACAAGUUUCUUCUAAAAUGUAGGGGGGAUUUAAAUAAACUUUUUUUUCUAAAAGAGGGGAAGGCAUAAAAAAGGCAUAAAUGGCUUGGUUUUAAUAAACAUUUAAAUGUAAGUAUACUUUAUGUUUUAUGUUGCGUUACCUUCUGACUUUUUGUUUUCAAAGUAGAAAGUUUUAAAUAGGAGCAGAAAAUUUCAUUAAAAAUAUAUUUUUGACUGGCUAAUUACUAUUCAUAGAUAAUUGACUGAAUAAAAUAGUGUUGUUUUUUCUUUCCAAAUUGACAUAAUAGACAUAAUUCCAAGUUUUUCAUCCCCAUUAGAUGUCCAGAUCACAUCCUUCUGCUUAUACCAAGGCCUCUUCUCAGAAAGAAAAAAAUUAGUUUUAGAUCCAGCCAAAUUCCCUUUCCAUCUGGGCUGGGAGGCUCCAUCUGCAGACUGCUCCGAUCAGUUACAUCAGUAAAUGGGGAGGACUUAUGGAGAGCUCUACUUAGGAGCAGAUGGUGUUCCAACUUCUAAAAAAUGCCCCUAAAGUGCUUUAGGCAAGGAGUACCCAUUGAUCUCUCUUGGAAAUACUUUACUAAAGUGUUCUGUUUCUUCAAAUGCCUUUAGCUCCUGUGUAGAAUAAUUGUCCUACUCUCUCGAGUAGGAAUUAUCAGCAAUGGGAAAGCCAUGCCCUUUGCAGGAAAAAAUGGAGGCAAAUUCUGUGUUGUUAAAUAUUUGCACAUAAACAUCACCAGAGACAAAGAAGUCAGCCUGACACAAGUUAUUAGAACACUCACUGAUUUAGAAAUCUCUGAGGACUCUCUUCAAAACUAAUGGAAGUGGCUUUGGCAAGUUCAUGAGUACAGCACCUACCCCAGUAAAAUCCUUGCACUCCUGGGUGCCAAGGUAAGCAGUUUUGUGUGGGAAGCACCAAAGCACAAAAUACUUUGCAGAAUUAAUAAAGAGAAGCCCAUCCAACUGCUGGAGGGCUGAUGCUGAUGGUCUUCCAUUGUUCACCUGCUAGUGGGCUGGACUGAAGCAGGACCACACACAAAGAUAGCUGGCAGCAGAGCACAGAUGCUCAACCAGAAGACAUGUCUAGGUAAGUAAGAAUUAAGUAAUCCCUUGUGAAUUAUACCUGGAUAAUGCUCUUAGUAAGCAGAAGAUCAGAAGCACUUUACAUAUUGAUGCUUAGAAUUUGCUGUCUAUUCUUCUGCAUGUAUGUCAGAAAUAGUGUGUCUUUAGUUGUGUGAAGCAAGCCUGGGGUGCUGGGUCAUGAUGACCCUUAGGGUACCCACAAGAGUGAACCUUGGUGCUCACACAGGAGCUGUCUGCGGGCAUUGUGAUGUACUGUGAGCAACAGUUGUAUAUUACUAAAAAAGUCCUGUUUUUCCUGACUAUAUUUAGUUCCUUUGGGGAGGAAAUGUUUCAUUUUCAACAGAUGUGUUUCAUUCUGUUCCUUCUUUCCUGAGAGGAUGCACAGGAAUGAAACUUAACCAUAGAGGAGUGAAGCCAGCCACCAGAUUGAUUUCUAUUUUUCUGGCUGUUGCUGUGAUGUGUAUAGCUAAAGUCAUAGGGAAGGGGGAAGCUUUAUGUAAACCUUGUCUAGCGUAAUCUGCAGAAGAUUGUGUGUCUGUUCUGGAUUAGAGUCUCCUAGGCAAACCCUCUAAAAGGGGCUGAAGGAGAAAUAAAAGGUCUCUCUCCAUUAAAAGACAGGACUUCUGUGGAAGCCAUACUAACAUCUGUGGCACAUCUGGGCCUGCUCCCCCAGCUUUUGUAGGUCUCCACCCAGCUGCAACUUUGGGCACUUUCUAGCCCCAGUGGAGAAGAAUUCUCCACCUGACUUAGGCAGCCUGUGAUCUACACAAAGCCUGCCCAUCCUCCCCUUCUGUGGACCAGCAAAGUGCUGAAUCUGCCCUGGGGCUGCAGUGUCACAGCAGGGACACACUUCCCAGUCAGCAGCGUGAUUUGCUUGGGGCACAGUCUCACCUCAGGUGCUGAACUCUGGAAUCUGACAGGAAAGAUAUCACUGGGUUUUGUUACUGUUUGUGUUGUUAACUCACAAAGAGUUACUGUUUUAUGGGUGUCUUAAACAGCUCAUUUCAUGUCUUUUUUUGCAUUGCUUGCUGCUAUUUCUGGGAAUUCCUCAAAAUAAGCAGCUGUCAGCAUCUGCCACUGCUGUUCUAAUUUACUGGAAAGAGACUGCAAACUUGAACUAAUGCAUGUUCUUACCAUGUAUUAUGCAUGAUAGCAUGUUACACGUUUUAUUCUCCACUAUAAUAAAUAAUGUAAGCUUUGUGUAAACUUAGUUCAAGCAGCAGAAGUAGUACUUUUUCUUUUUCUCAUAUCAUGUGUUGCCCAGAGCACUUUGCUGGAGCUCUGCAAAUGCCAUUAGCAGCUGGCAGCAAAUAAACUGUUGAAACCAGUCAAGAAAUAAUUACUAAAUUUGACAUUUUUCACUGAAAUAUCAGAAAUAGUUCAGCUUGCUUUUGUGAACCUACUGUGGCACUCACAAUCACAAUUCUGUUCUAAGGAAAUCUCACAUCCCGAGUGUAACUUGGGAAUGACUUUUUUGACACAGAUGUUGUUGAGAGGUUAGGAGGGCAAUGAUCCCAAAGUUUUUUUAUUUACGGGAGUAUCUUUUUAAUGGGAAUUGAACAUGUGGAAGAUUGGCUAAGAUGCCUGCAGAGUUUUUAAUAAUUUUGCUACUGAAAACAGUAUUUCUGAAGAUGGUUGCUACUGAAAAUAGUAUUUCUGAAGAUGGUUGAAAGAAAAACAAAUUGUGUGCUCACAGCUCUUUUGGCUGAUCACCUGCACCCCUCUCCUUCACAGACACUGCAAACACAUUGAGUGUCUGCAAACACAGGGGGUGUCUGUAGGGAAGGUCCCUUUUUUGUCAGGUAGGGGCAAGUAAGAACAACUAAGGCUAAUCUACAUGGUAAAUACAGCUUAUAGUACUUGUGGAUUAAUGUUUAUUUUGUGUAUUUCCAAAGCCUGUGUCUGUGUUAGCAAAGAAUUAGCUUAGCUGGAUAGGAUCUGUAGCCUGAAACUGUUGGUGCUAAGGACCUGAUCUCCACACUUACCUCUAGUUUGAUCCCAGGGGCUGAAUGCCACUAAUGGUUGGAGCACAUCCUUGCUUCCAUCCAGAAGGAAUCUGGUGCACAUGCUCAGGAACACUCCAUCACGCAAACUAAAGCUCAUUGAGUGAGGCCACUGUACUGGACUGUCCCACAGGAAAGUGGAAUUCCUGAUAGACCAUCUUAUAACUCAGGCUUUGCAAGGGUAUUUUUUUCCAUGGGUAUUGUUCUUUCAAACUUGAGAUCUGAUUCCUCCUAUCAGACCAUGGGAAUCAAGGGCUCCUGAUUCUUCCUCCAAGAAGAAUUUACCAUCCAAAUGUGCUCCAUAAAUCAGAAGUGUGAUAUAGGACAAAGUGUUCCAACAUGGGUACAGCACAGUAAGUGCUUUGUUUGAUGAAGAGUUAAUGUGAUUCUGCUCGUGGAUGUAAUUUUAUCCUGAUCAUGCUGGGUGCUUGCUAAUGCAUGCAUUGUUUUUAUAUACUGCAAGACACAUAGAAAUUCCCUUAAUCAUUCUCCCAGGGUAAUUUUAUUCUUGUGGCCUUCCAGUUGUAUCUGUAUAUGUGUGCAUAUAUGCAUUUAUAUACAGUGUGCAAGCAUUCUUCUGUUCUUAGAAAGUUGCUACUAUAUGCUGCUAACAUAAACUUUUCUGGGUGGUUCAUGUUACACAAUUUAUUACUUGUAUUCUUGGGUUGCCUUUUGUAAUGCUGACAAGUGUAUGGAUAGCAGAUACCACUGUAGACUAAGAAAAACUUUCAUACCAUUUAUACUUAACUUUGUAUGUUUUGCCAUGUGUUUUCUUGCUAUAUGUUACUUAGUUUUUGCUCCCAUUUGGAGAAUGUGCUUCUGUGUAUUUGCAAAAUUGUGCCUGGAUUAUUUUAAAACAUGAAUAAAUGUAUACAAUUUUCCAAUUGUC